UGGACGGGCUCACCCGGCGCGGCGCGCGGUGGAGGCCGGGGGGCGGCGGGCGGUGGGCGCUGGGCGGAGCGGGCGGUGACGUCAGCCGAGGGGGGGGCGCCGCGGCCGCUGAUUGGCGGAGCCGCGCGCGCCACUACCGAAUAUGGGACCGCGAGUCCAUUGAUAAAAGUGAGGUGCGGGGUCGCGCGGCGUUAGUCCCAUUCGCACCGCCGGCGCGAGACGCCGUGUUCACGCUGGCGCUGUUUGUGAUACCGUUGGGCCCUUGGGCCGAGGAGCAGGUGGUGCCGGACGGCAUGGGCAUGGACGAGGGCGGGGGCACCCUGCUGUCGCUGGCGGACGUGGGGCUGAGCUUCGAGUGCGCGCUCAAGCCGGCGCCCGCGCCCGGCCAGCCCGGCGGCAUGCCGCCCGACCUCAACACCCCCGUCAGCACCGGCGACCUGGCCGCCUUCUUCCCCAACCUGCUGGAGCCGCCGCCCAUCUCAGGUUCCCUCACAAGCGAUGAGCUGUCGCUCGUGUGCUCGCCGCGGCGGCACAAGCACGAGUCGUCGCUGUCCCCGGGCGCGCGCGCCGAGGACGCCAGCAACGCGUCCAGCGCCAGCGCGUCUCUGUACGCAUCCGGCGGCGGCAAGCAGCCGUCCCCGCCGCUGCAGUGGCUGCUGCCGCCCGGGCCCGGCCCCGGACACGACAAGUACUUCACGCACGAGUACGAGGAGCGCGUCGACCUCAUGCAGGACUGCCCGCCCUGCUACCAGCCGCCGCACUGCGACUACCGCGCGCCCGCGCCGCCCGCCUGGGACGAGUACCAGGCUCCCCCCGCGCCCGGCCCCUCCGGCCUGCCCAAGCGCGACCCCUACCCCGCGCCGCCGCCCCCGCCGCCCGCGCCGCACCCCGACCGCCCCGUCGCGCUCGCCGAGUACAACCCCUCCACCAGCAAGGGCCACGAGAUCCUGUCCCAGGUGUACCAGCAGAGCGCGCAGCCGCUGCGCCUCGUGGCCGUCAAGCCGCGCAAGUACCCCAACCGGCCCAGCAAGACGCCCGUGCACGAGCGGCCCUACGCCUGCCCCGUGGAGGGCUGCGACCGCCGCUUCUCCCGCUCGGACGAGCUCACGCGCCACAUCCGCAUCCACACGGGGCAGAAGCCGUUCCAGUGCCGCAUCUGCAUGCGCUCCUUCAGCCGCUCGGACCACCUCACGACGCACGUGCGCACGCACACGGGCGAGAAGCCGUUCGCGUGCGAGGUGUGCGGCCGCAAGUUCGCGCGCUCCGACGAGAAGAAGCGGCACGCCAAGGUGCACCUGAAGCAGCGCAUGAAGCGCGAGCGCGGCGGCGACUUGUAGCCGGACGCCGCCCGCCGCCGCCGCGGGCCCGACGACCCGGGCGCGGGCGCCGGCGGGCAGGGCGCGCUCGUGCCGCUCCUCACUCACUGAACUCUCACGCACGUUGAAGUUAUCAAAUAAUUUCAUCGCAUAUAGGUGUAAAGGAUUGUCUUUAACGAAGCUUUAUUAACUCUACAUUUUGUAAAUUCAUUGAAAUUUAUAUAUAUCUUUUUAUACAUAUUUGUAAUUAUUACGGUAGGAGAUGAUCAGCUCGAUGUAUUUAAUUUAUUUAGAUAGGUUUAAAUGAAUGAAUCGACUGGGAUCAAAGUAGAUAUGAAGCGAAGGUGGCCUAAAUGUAUCGAGCGUGCGCGAGUGCGCUUGUCUGUAACGAAGUGGAGAUUUUACUAGUAUUAUAGGUUUAACGAGAGUCCGGACUAGCGUGACGCAGCAUCCACAUAUCGGAGACGGCCUCAGCGGACUGAGUCCAUGCAUUAUGUAUCCUCGAUCACGGACUGGUGAUAAAUACGUAAUGAGCCUAUUCGCUAGUUACUACUUAGGAAAUGUAUUGUACUAUAUUUAUAAUUAUUCUCGUACUUGACAAACUAACGUGAAAUUGUGCCAUUAAUUUAACUUAACGAUGUGCCACUGCACAGCUAGUGUACGGUACUCUAACUCGACUGCUGAAUAAGUGAUAUCUACUAUUAUUUUGUUUUAUAUUUCUAGUCGAAGGUAUGACAUGAGAACGUGUCGACUAUAUUUUCUUUAUUUUAAUGCAUAUUUCUGUAUACGUACAUUCUUAUUUAAUGUUUCGACUGUUUCACAAGUUCUUCUUGCUCAAAUAUUUUAAUUUAACAAAAUUUGCUCAAUCCUGCUUCUUACUACUUUGUCUUUGCAUUGAAUCUGCUUUCCCGACACUAACGCACUUCUUGUUAACCCUCCCAGUGGCAUAUAAUUUUUAACGUGCGUAUUAUAGACUAAUCUAGUGAAGAUAGCUAUUUACUUAUAGCGUUUAAAUAUGAUCUCUUAAUCAAUAUUAAUUAAUUUUCAAUUAUCGAAGGCCCUUUAUUUAUAAUACUCAUAAGUUUUGUAUAGAAAAUUGUAUACUUGUAAGUUAAAACCAUUUCACCAACAGGCUAUCCGUUCUUACAUCAUAGAUUCAUAGGUAAAUGUUCCACAUAUAUGUUAGUAACUAAGCUUCCCAGUUUUGUUCAGUAAAUAGUUGUUGUUUAUGUAUAAAAGUACAAAAUUUGUGCACAAAUAAGAAAAAAUGAUCAUAAGAUUCAUGUCACAAGAAUUUACUACAUUGCCUUCUUCUUUAAAUACAAUUGUUGUUUAAUUAGGAACUAGUUACAUAAAUAAUUGUUGUAUAGCGUCAUUUUCUAGACAAUUUAACUUCACCAUUGUAAAAGGACAGGAUUAUUACCGGAAAUGCAGUGAUUUACACUAAACAACAGGGUUGGCCAUUCAAAACUUUUUUCGGUCGUUAUGAAUUUAGGAUUAUCUGACAAUAAUAUUACUAACUCUUGCGCAUACUUCUGUAACUGUGAAAAAGUGGUUCUUCACUUCAACUUGUUUGACUCUUUCAGGGCAUUACGUUAGGCUGUGCCAUAUUAAGCUUUGAAUGGCAUUUUUGAUGAUGCAAGUGCCAUGUUAACAGUGUUACUGUAAUAGUUGCCAAUGUCCACAUAGGGAGAGGCCACUCGGCCCGCGGGUCUCAGUCGACACUAGUGGUCGAGUGUCGCCCGACAGAGCACAAACCACUUGCACUUUUUAUGAAUCAUGUUGCACGAAGGUUCAUAUUGUUAUAGGCGAGACGUGGUCUCGGGUAGGCAAGGCUAGCUUAGAUAGGUAUAACUAAAGCGUUUAAAUUCAUGUUCGUCAAACGAGUGACAAAUGUAACGAAGAAGACUAAAUUCUUACACAUUUUACGUAAAUUUUGCAUCGCGUUAAAGUUAUUGAUAUGGUGUUUGUAUAAAAGUUGACUUGGCCAUUGUUUGUUACCUAUAGCUAGACACUAUUGUUGAGUCAUUGCGGCGGCGAGGUGUAGAAUGCACUGCAUCGGAUACCUUCAUAUUAUUGUAGCUCAUCUCUUAGACUAUUUGAGAAGGGCGCUUCUUCUUAUACUUUUAAGGUGUUCGCUAUGUAAGAAUCAAAUCGAAUUCUUUACGAAUUUUGUGUACCUACCUAUUGGUUAAUUCAAAAGCCGUCGUAUGUAUUUUCACCUUGUGAAAGAUGUUAUUGAUGUUCUAAGAUAGUUGUAAGUAUUUAGGUAUUGUUAAAUCUCACUAAUUUUUACUAAAUUCUAUUUAAUAUAUUUGUAAAUACACUCUGACUAAAUUUGGAUUUAAUGUGUAUAUAAGAGAAAGAGAAUUUUUAUUUAAUUAUGAAACCACCUAAGGUGCAAAAAUACAAAUUGUUGAAAAAUUUA